UCAAACGCAAAAUUUACUGUCAUGGAACAAAAUACUAUUGAAACUCUGGUGGAACACUUUGGAUUUACUCCAAUUUCUGCCAUUGACGACGUUAUUAAUUCUGUAAAUGAUCUUCUUUAUACGGCGAUUAUGGGUCUAGAGCAGUUUGUUUUGUCAGAACUGAAUUCUAGCGAAGAGGUUGAUCAGGGAAUCCAUCAGGUUGAGACAUUGUUAGAAUCAUUGGUUGAUCAUCACUUCGAUAUGUUUGAAAUUUAUGCUUUGCGCAAUAUUUUUGCUAUACCCGACAAGUUAGAAAUCGCCUUACCACAUCGAGAGGGAAUGGAUUUUACUUUGGAUCAAGCCAAGGAAGAACGUGUUGAUCAGGAAUUAGAUACAAUGCGAAAAAAAGUUUUGGCUGUUAAAGCGAUGAACUAUAAACUUAAAGAAGAAAUCUCAAGAACGGACAAGUGUGUCAAAAAGCUGGAAAAAUGGAAAGAAAGAUUAUCGUUUUUGUUGACUACGGCCAAGCACUACAAUGGUGGUGUAAUAGAUACUGUACGCCUUGUAACGGACCAACUUCUGGCGAUUAAAAGAACUACCGUUGGUUUACAAAGUCAAGUUGAUGACGAAAAACUAAAGCAGUUUGCAA